AGGCGGGCCCGAGCGAUGACAGCACGAGGGGCGCGCCCGGCCUCGGGCUGACCGAUAGGAAGUGGCCCGGCUGCUACGUGGCUCACGGCGAGGCGCCCUGGAUCCUGGGCCUCGAGGACCGGACCUCUCCUCCGCGGGGCUGGAGGGUGAGUUGCCCGACAUCUCCAUCGACCCGGAGGGCAGGGUCCUCAGUGUCAUCAACAGCACCGAGCGGGAGCGUUGCUACUUCCUGUCCGUGCCGGCGCGGUGCCGCUGCGUCGGUGCCGCCGGGCGGCGGCUGCAGCCUGGUGCCGCGCGCAGCGCGGACGGAGACUCGAAGGAGGAGUG